ACCCACCACACUCCCAACAUAUAUCACCAAAACCUUAUUCCCAAUUCUAAAAGAACACACCUGAGUGAGUCCCGACAUCAACUUAUAAUAAUUCCUAAUCAGUGACAAGUGUUAUGGAGGCAGAGCCAGACAAGUACAAGAUGAUCAACUUUGAAGAAACCGAGUUGCGACUCGGCCUGCCACUCAGUGGAAACGAGACGACGCUCAAAAACACUUGCAGUACUGGGAAGAGGGUUUUUUCGGAUACUAGCGUGGAUUUGAAGCUUAACCUUUCCUCAACCUCAAAUAACGCCCCUCCUCCUGCAAAGCCACCCGCAAAGGCACAAGUGGUGGGGUGGCCACCAGUGAGGUCAUUCAGAAAGAACAUUGUAAACAACGUUCAAAGGAGUAACAACAACGAUGGCGAAAAAGCCGCCACAAGUAGUAGCAACAAUGUGAACAUGGGAGCAGCUUUCGUGAAGGUGAGCAUGGAUGGUGCUCCCUAUUUACGCAAGGUGGAUUUGAAGAUGUACAAGAGCCACCAAGAGCUGUUGGAUGCACUGGCUAAAAUGUUCAGUUCAUUCACCAUCGACAAGUGUAGUUCCCAAGGCAUGAAAGACUUCAUGAACGAGGGCAAAUUGAUUGAUCUUCUCAACGGCUCUGAUUACGUACCAACCUGUGAAGACAAAGAUGGUGAUUGGAUGCUCGUGGGUGACGUACCUUGGGAAAUACUCGUGGAAUCAUGCAAGCGCCUGCGUAUAAUGAAAGGAUCUGCGGCAAUCGGGCUAGCACCAAGAGCAGUGCAAAAGUGCAAGAACAGAAGCUAGAGGCAAAUUUGUAAGUUCCAGUUUCGACCACAAUCUCCUCGAUCUGUUGCUCUUGGGCGUCCAUGGGAAGCAUUAAUGCUAAUAUAGGAGCCAAGUUAUAUAAUAUGUCGGUACCAUUUUUUGGAAAUAAUUUUCUUGUAUAUGGAUUGUGUAUUAUAUAUAUAUAUGAGAAAAUAGUUGGAAAUUAGGGACAAGAAAUAAUGGAGUAUGUUUAUAUGAGCCCGUUUUUGCUUCUAAGUACAAAACGUUACAUUGCCUAUC